AUGGCUUCUUCAGGUGGUAGCUUAUCUUUCUCAACUGAAUACAUGACUUCUUUCACUGAUCUUCUCGGUAACAAAGAAGACAUGAAUUUUGAGAAAUCUUCAUUCAAUUGGGGACUUUCUGAUAUUGAAAUUCCAAAGUACAAGUCAUUUCAACCUAAUUCUUUACCAAUAUCCCCUCUACCUCUAUCUCCUUCUUCAUAUCUUGCUGUUAAUUCUAGUUUCAGCCCUUCUGUGCUGCUCGACUCUCCUGUACUGUUUUCGUCGUCUAAUGUUCUUCCAUCUCUAACUGCUGGGACUUAUGCUGGUCUGGCCUCCGAGGAGAAGGGCAGAAAGUACUCCGAUUUUUCUUUCCAGUCCGACCCGAGACCUUCAUCAGAAGAACUUAAAGCUGGGGUGAAAUCUGAAUCAGCUCAAAUUCCAAGCUUUUCUCAAGAGAACAAUCAGAACAAUUCGAAUAUGCAGAUUAGUCAAAUGCAUAAUGCUCAACAACCGCAGUAUGUUAGGGAGCAGAAAAAAUCUGAUGAUGGAUACAAUUGGAGGAAGUAUGGACAGAAGCAAGUUAAGGGAAGUGAAAAUCCUCGUAGUUAUUACAAAUGCUCGUUUCCAAAUUGUCCUAUGAAGAAAAAGAUUGAGCAAAAUUUGGACGGACAUAUUACUGAAAUAGUAUAUAGGGGAAGUCAUAAUCAUCCCAAGCCUCAAUCGACACGAAGAUCAUCUUCCAGUUUGAUUCAAAAUAUUGCAUAUAAUAAUGCGGGAAUUUCGAAUCAAUCGUAUGAAAAUGCUCAGAUGGAGACUCUGACAACCUCCGAGAAUUCAUCGGUUUCUUUUGGCGAUGAUGAUUUUGAACAUGGAUCUGCCCCGAGUAACUCAAUAUACGACAAUGAAACUGAACCAGAAGCCAAGAGAUGGAAGGGCGGUGUUGAAUAUGAGGGCAUGCCAGCUCCAGGAAGUAGAACCGUUCGCGAACCUAGAGUAGUAGUUCAAACCACAAGCGAUAUCGAUAUUCUCGAUGACGGUUAUAGAUGGAGGAAAUAUGGACAGAAAGUGGUUAGGGGCAACCCAAAUCCUAGGAGCUACUACAAAUGCACAUAUAAUGGAUGUCCCGUUAGGAAACACGUAGAGAGAGCAUCCCAUGAUAUGAAGGCAGUGAUCACUACUUACGAAGGAAAACACAACCACGAUGUUCCUGCAGCACGAGGUAGCAGCAGCUACACUAGACCAUCUAUGAACGGCAACAAUGCACCCAUGGUCAUUAGGCCUUCAGCCAUGAACAGCCAUUCUAACGGACCCGACUCACUUCAAACAACCUGGCUGCCACAAACAAAGAACCAGGCACCAUAUAGCCUUCAGAAGUUGCAGGAUGCAGACAGUUUUGCCUUCUCAGGUUUCAGAAACGCGGCAGGAUCCUACACUAAUCAAAUGCAGCAGACAGACACUGUUCUCUCUAUGGCCAAGGAAGAGCCGAAAGAUGGCUUCUUUUCAACUCUUUUCUAA